AUGCUAGACCAUCUAAAUAAUUCAUUAACUCCCAACCUUCAUGGGGAGAUAACUCUUGAUAAGGUUGCCCACGUGAAGGACGAGACAGUACGGUUUUUGGAGAAGCGUAGCUUCGAUUUGGUGUCUUUUACAUACUCAUAUGAGCCGGAAAGAGCUCCAGAAAUAAACAAAAUGCUUGAAGAUGAUUUGGAUAAUCUGUUACUAAACUCCCAUAGACAACUAGCAUAUCAUCGACUAUACGGUGAUAAUAAGACUAACGUGGCACAGUAUAAUUCAAAUUUAAGACGACUAGAAAUAUUAGCAAAAGAGGUUGAAUCGUGCUAUGAUCGAUUUCAAGCUGUCAAAAAAAAUAAUCCAGAUCCAACAAAAGUUGCAAUAAUACAUAUAUUUGGAGUUGAUGACUUGGAGAAAAGGGUACAGCAGUCUUUGAACCAACUAGAAAUACUAAAGAAAACAUUUGAUAACUUGCAAGAAAAUUGUAAAAGUUUACUAGAAAAUUCGUUACACUUGAGAAGAAUGGUAUGA